UAGCUAUAUUAAUCUCUGAUAUCGUGGGUUGCUUCAUUUCAGGACUACGUAUUAAGAUUGAUCAAGCACAUCCGCCCACCGCGUCUUGUAUUCUACAGAUCGAACUGAGGAUUAGUCAGAUAGCCUUGAUCAAUUCACCCAACAUGUCGUUCAACACCGAACUCAACACCAGCAGAGGAGCUCAAGCCUCGCCACCUCCCCAAGGAAUCUACGUACCAGUGCCCACAUUCUUCGCUGCAGAGGGAACUGCUGAGUAUGAUCCCAUUUCUCCACCAUUAGAUCUCAAGACGCAAUCGGAGCACUCGUUGUUCCUCGCCAAAGGUGGCAUCAAAGGUCUGGUCAUACUGGGCAGCACCGGCGAGGCCAUCUUCGUCCGCAAUGAGGAGCGAUCUAGAUUGAUCAGCAGCCAGAGGAAGGCAUUGGAUGAUGCCGGCUACGCUGAUCGACCGAUCAUCGCCGGCACUGCAACACAGAACAUCGAUGACACGCUCGAUCUGAUCAAGGCGGACAAGGAAGCCGGUGCCGUGUACUCUAUGGUUCUCGGACCAGGUUAUUUCGCUCCUUCUACCAGCCAGAGAGGUAUUCAGAAAUGGUUCGAAGCGGUCGCGGAUAAGGCAGUGCUGCCCAUUCUCAUCUAUCACUACCCGGGCGUCACCAACAACCUCUACAUCUCACCCGCGACCUUCGAGAAGCUGGCCGGCCACCCCAACAUCGUCGGCACCAAGCUCUCGCACGGCAUCAUCGACGACCAGACGCUCAUCGCCGCCUCGCCGCGGAUCGACCACGAGCACUUCUACGUCUUCACCGGCCUCGGCCAGAACCUCCUGCCCGUGCUGACCAUCGGCGGCGUCGCGGCGAUCGAUGCGCUGGCGGGGAUCUUCCCCCGCGUCGUGGUGAGGCUGUAUCGUCUGUUCCACGACAGCACCGCCAAGGGCACGACGAAGCAGGACAUUGAGGAGAUGCGCGAGUUGCAGUACCGGAUCUGUGAGGGGGAGAAGAUCGUGGCGCGGUGGGGUGUCGUCGGGACGAAGGAGGCGCUGGCUCGCGUGUGGUCGCUGGGGGAUGGGAAGGGCGGUCGGUUGCCCCUGGCGGGGGGGUUCGAGGAUGGGGAUGAGGAGUGGAAGAAGUGGGCGAAGACUUUUGAAGGCUUGAAGCAGUUGGAGGAGGAAUUUCAGAAGUCGGAGUAGGGACAAUGGUGGAGAAGAUUGCGUUGGGGAAUUCCUUAAGCUAACGACAGUGGUAGUAUGAGGAG